AUGGCCUGCCACGUAUGCUCCCAACCGCCUAACCCAUGGCUAGGGUUUUACUGCCCAACAUGCGCUCGUAACCAGCUAUACGGCCUCCGCUUCGAACAUGCGGGAGUUCUGUUGGAGAAGGAUACGGCUGGUGCGCAAAUCGAAGAAUUGAUAACGAAAAAUACACAAGAAAACGCCGAUAUAUUGAGUGGUGACGGCUUGCGGUUAUCUGACGAAGCCAAACAGGCUGAACCCGAGCCUGAACCCUCGAGGUUAUUGUUCCAGACCAAACGUACCGCUAUUGCGCAGUCGGCUGGGAGAACAGAGGAUAUAUUAUCCCAUAUCUCUACUUUGGAAAAGGAAAUCGAAGAUGGGAAGAAGGAGAUUGCUCGAAGACGAGCUGCCCUUGCCCAACGGCGGUCUGAUGCCGAGUCGGCUAACUACGAGGUGUCUAGUCGGCGGGCUACGUCGCUAGGAACUGUUCAAAGCAGUAUCAAGGCUACGGAGAAGCAAUGGAAUAACCUCCACGUCAAGGCUGUGGAGUCUCGGGUAUUUUUAUGUCGUGAAGCGGCAACAUUGUUUGGCUUGCGUCAAAGAACGAGGCGGAGAAAAGGCGACCUGACAAACUCCUUUGCUAUCGGAGGCAUCAGCAUCGUUGAUCUUCGACAUAUGAAUAAUGUUAGCCCCGCGCAAAUAACCACGUCUUUAAGUCAUAUCUCCCGAAUGCUCGUCCUGGUGUCGCAUUAUCUAGCUCUUAGGCUACCUGCAGAGAUCGUAGUACCUCACCGCGGACACCCCUUACCCGCCAUAUUCACUCCAUCAGCAUCCUACAUGCCACGCCGCCAUGACUCUUCACCCAACCUAUCCCCAUCGCAUUCAAUUUCCGGCCAUUCACUCAUCCCACGCAGCGCGGAGGCCAACGCAGGGCCCCGCCCUAGACCGCUCUUCAUUGACCGCUCCCUCCCAAAGCUUGCCAAGGAGGAUCCCACCAGCUAUGCGCUGUUUAUCGAAGGAGUGUCCCUCUUAGCAUGGGACAUAUCAUGGCUAUGCAGAACACAGGGCCUUCAUCUGGGCUCAGAGUCGUGGGAAGAUGUAUGUGACAUUGGGAGAAAUCUAUGGCAACUUCUCGUAGCCCCGCCGGCAUUCCUUAAAGCAUUGUCGAACCGCGAAAAUCAACAGAGUCCAAGCCCUUCCCGCGGACAAGACAAAGAUCUUCCAGAAAACGGCAAUGGCGAUAUUAUUACCAAUACGAACGCCAGCGCCAACGCCAGUGCCAACGCCAGUGCCAACGCCAACGCCAACACCAACGCGAAUCCGCGGAACAACCUACGACGUUCACGAUCCCUUCCUAUCCUCGGCCACUAUUCGCAUGGAUCUGCACAUUCGUUCCUUGGUUCCGUGGAGGGAGUGGAAUUUAUGAAAACAUGGAAGCUACCGUCUCCCGUCAAGAUUGCGGAUAAGCUAAAAUCCACCUUACUCGGCGAAAUGGCCAACGCAGAGUGGGAAUUACUUGAGGAAGAAGAAUGGGAGGAAGGAGGUGCUAAGCGGAUAAGUGAUGAGAGUCCCGAACGAGGAGGCAUGGUGCUGCUCAAGUGA